UACCGGUAUUCCGUUCUAAUACCUCGUUCGUGUCUAUAAAGUAAACCCCUCAUAAAGCAUCGAGUCGGCGCGAGAGAGACGUGAGGAAUCCCCGGGUACUGCGGUUUUCGCGGUGAACGAGAGCGGUCGAGGAUCUUUAAAGUUUUACUCACCAAGUGGAGAUAGAGGAGAGAGGAUGGUGGGCCGGCGGUAAUCCGUUUCAGUCAUUCCGUAUGCACUCGGGUGUCCCUCGGCCGCGGUCGUCGUGCUCCAAAACUGCGAAUCAACGAAGAGGAAAUCGGAAAGAAAUCGGGAUGCAGGUUCAGAAUGGUUGAAGAGGAGAAGUGAAAAGUUUGCGUAAAAGACAGUCAAACGAGCCGUUCAAGUGAACUUUACUUAAGCGUUUAAGCAGUGGACUAAAGCAGGAUUUAAAGCGGGAAUUAAAACCGAUAUAAUUUCGAUGAGUAAAAGUUUUUCGAAAGUUUUUCGCCGCACAGAUACCGUAAAAAAAUGUGCUGCCCAUUAAUUAUCGUGAACGUAUGUUCGAAUUUUAAUUUGUAACCAAAAAUAAUAUAUUCAAAUCGACAACAUUUUAAUUUGUAACUCGACUGGAUCCUAAAUACGUGUUAAGUAAUAAUUUAUGCAUUGAUUUUAUCGUCUACUUUUAUUUGUUUGACGAAACAAAUGUAAGCAGAAGUAAAUAGCGGAAGGACCGAAAAGAAUACAAACGUCCGAUAUUCUAGCAGUCAACCAAUUUGCGAAGAAGGACUCGUCUGGCGAAGGAGGAAGUCCUCUUAAAUUCGGGUCUCGCUGCUUCUUGAUAGAGAAUCCCCGAGUGGCUAUUUCUCACGGGCGAAUAGAGUCGUUUAAUUCCACGGACUCGAGACGAGAGAAUAGGAAUCUGCCCGCGCGUCCAGUCCUCCUCGGCCUUUUAUGAUUCAGCACGGCGGAAUGACUUUUUUCGGACUCGCGCUCUUCCAACGUUUCUUUCGGACUGAAAUCAGAGUCUGUGUAUAAAAUUAUUACGCGCGGAUCUAGUGGCAUUUUCGCGAACAAAAUAUCUACAUCGAGCUCCUUAUAUAUAUUCUGAUCGUUGCUCCCACCGCGAUUUAUCUAACAGCUACUUCUUAAUCCCGAGAGUUCGCGGAACAGAGUCGCGCACGCAUCCGACGGCAGAUACAAAAUACCGAAACAUCCAGCUCGUGUAAUAUUCAAAAGGAUUGGUCGAGGAGAACGAGAUGGCAACGUCGGGAGUAACGAGGCGGACUUCUAGUCGGUACAUCGACAACUGCUGCGCAUAAAGAAGUAAAAGAGACAGCGAAGGGAAUUGAUUGUAUGCCGGAGAAAUUCGUCUCUCGCAAGAAGUAGAAAUAUACAAGAAGAUUUAAUCAAAACAUAAUUAGCUGAAAGUAUUAAGAAAACUGGGAUACCGAAUAAGAGCGUAAUAACUGAGAGGUAAAUUAAGAUAAAAAUCUUAAGAGAUAAAUUCUUCUCUCGCGCGCGUACAAAAAGGACGCUUUUACAAAAAGACAGGCCAAAAGGAGAGGUAAUAAGUAGCGGAAAAUAUAUAAAACUGUACCCUUAAAAAUAAAAUGGAACAGAAUGGCGAGAGAGAGAAGUCGACUUGUGUAAGCGGCGCAAUCGUAACAAACUAAGGAUCUCGUUAACGGAACGCGGGGAAGUCACGGAGAAAGAGGAACGCGGCACAAAGGGAUUUCACGAGACACGGCACGCCGCGCCGGGCGUCCUUCCGUGCACAAGAAUGCAGGAUCAGGAUGAAUUUUACAGGACCCUCUGCUCGUCGGAGACGCUGCGCUCCGGCCGGAAGGGAUUCUUCCAUGAUUUCAGCGGGCACGUGAUGGAAACCGCGGGCGAUACCUGGACGUCGAAGAUAUUCGGCCGGAUCGAUGACGACGAGGGACGGAUGAGGGCGGUCUUCACCGACGCGAAAGUAAAAGACGUCGUGGCCGACACGCUCGCAAAGGUGAAGCCCCUUUUCAGAGACAAGGAUGCGGAGAUCUCCAGACGCAGGCGACUCGAAGGAUACCAGCUCGGCGCCGUCGGCGAACACGACAAGGCCCUUUUACUGUUCAGUCAGGCUGUCCUGCGCGCACCUCAACCAGGUAGAAACAAGACGGUUGAUCAGGGUCUGUCGUUGCCCCUGGCGCUGUUGGGAAGAGCCGAGAUCUUUAUGGCCCUCAAAGAAUACCAUUUUGCACUGGAAGAUCUGCGACUGGCCGCCGAACAUGAUUUGCCGGAUCAAUCGAUGAAGGAAUUUCAGCGAAAGAAGGAGGAGUGCGAGCGGUUUUUGAAAGUCAACGAGACUUCUCUGGUGCCCAUCGACUUUCGCGUCAACAAGGUGGCUCAAUUGAUUUCGGACAAAGAGAGAGGCAACGGCGGCGGCGGUGGCAGCGACAACAAGCCGUUAAAUGGCGCCGUUAAUUCCGCGCUUCGUUGGUCGUCCGGUGCCCUGGAAAUCCGUGAGACCACGACAGCGGGUAAACACGCCGUUGCAACCGCGGAAAUACAUCCGGGCGAUAUUCUGUUAGUCGAGCCGCCGCUGGCGGGCUGUCUCCUGCCCGAGUUCUACGGAACCCAUUGUCAGCAUUGUUAUGCGAGACUAAGAGCGCCGGUCGGGUGCCCCCACUGCAGCUGCGUUGCCUUUUGCGGAAAGAAAUGCAAGGACGUCGCGAUGGCGACGUAUCACAAGUACGAGUGCAAAGUCCUGGCGCUGCUGAUAGGCUCUGGCAUGAGCGUGCUCAGCAUGGUCGCUCUUCGGAUGGUGACGCAGGAGGGCCCGCAAAAGUGUUUGAAGAUCUACGAGGAGUUGAAGAAGAACAUCGUGGAAGAGGCCGCGGUGCCUUUGGCGGCCACAUCUACUACGACGACAACGACGACGACGACGACGACGCCGAAUACGCAUGACAUGAAAUUACCGGCGAGCAGCAAGUCGGCCAAAAGAAGAAUCAGACGGAGGAAACUUAAGGCAUCGAGACGAGGCGAGGAAAUUACCGAGAUGAUGGAGGAGAAGGGCACAAAGGAGCGUCGCGAGAGCGACGACGACGACGAGAGCGUCGACAUGGCCCCGUACAACUUGGUGACGCACGCGGACAGACGGACGAGCAAAGACUUCCUGGAGAGAUCGCUGAUGGCGGCCUUCCUGCUCAAAUGCCUGCAGAGAGUCGGCUUCUUCGCGUGCCCCACGCCGGACGACGAAGUCCCGGGUGCCGAGGAGAUCACCGUAGCCGCCCUGCUGCUAAGGAACCUGCAGCUGCUCCAAUUCAACGCCCACGAGUUCUUCGAGACGCGAGUGAGCGCGGAGCAUCGAUUUCAUGGCAGCCGACCGGUCUAUCUCGGCGUGGCGAUUUAUCCCACAGUCGCUCGUUUCAAUCACGACUGCUAUCCCGCGGUGACCAGGUACUUCGUCGGCCGACAUAUCGUAAUAAGAGCGGUUCGCGGUCUACGGCCCGGCGACGUUAUUGCCGAAAACUACGGACCGAUAUUUACGAAGAAGACCCUCGCCGAGCGUCAAAGGACACUGGCGGGAAGGUAUUGGUUCCGAUGUACCUGCAAAGCCUGCCAGGAAGAUUGGCCGCGCUUCGAAAAUCUGACGAACGAUUCCGUCAGAUUGAGAUGUCCUACGGCAGGGUGCAGCGGACUACACUCGCAAGCCCGGCAAGGUAAGCCGAUAAAAUGCCCGGACUGUCAAAAGAAAAUCUGCUUGGAGGAUCGACUCGCGUGCCUGCGAGAGUGCGAGGCUCUCUACGACCGUGGAUUGGCCGGUAUGGAGAACGAGAGGGUCGACGAGGCGAUCGGGACACUCUGCGGCGCCCUGAAGAGAUUUCACCAAGUCGCCUGUCCACCGCAUCGGGACACACACCUGGCCGAAAUUGCUUUAAGCUCCUGUCUGGCUGACUACGGGAAUACUUGGCGACCGGCGGCGGCGCUUUGAAGAGCGCACAGGCGGAGAAGGAAGCUGACUUGCGAACGGAUCCUGUAACCACGCGGACGACCGCGGCGGUUCGAAGAUGUCCGAAUAAAAGAGAAACGCGUUUGAUCAUAGGACGUAGACGUUGGUCGGCCCAAUUUGGUCGACGCACACUACCAUACGUUGAAACAUAUACUUACCCGGCCAAUAUUCUGUAUGACAUUUCAAGCAAAAAUAUAUUUAUUAGCGUUUAUUGCGUUUUUAUGAGCAUUAUAAAUUCAUAUACUUCCCUCUGACGACUUUAUCGCUGAUUGACUUGAGGAAGCUGAGAUAAAAAAAAGAAUUGAUUAAUAAGAUUUGAGCGUAAUACUCUUUUUAUAAUAUAUUAAGUGAGUCAUGACCGUUUAUGAUAAAUCAAGUAAAUGUGCCAAUGUACGGUCGAGCUGGAUCUUUGUCUAAUAAUAUUAUUCGUGCAAAUUUAUGUACAUUUUUUCGCUUAUCGGCACAUUUCCUAAAUAUUCUUUAUCCUUCAUAAAAUUGAUUAAUGAUGUUCUACCUUUCAAUUUAAAAUGGCUAGAGACCGUCGUAUACAUACUCGAAAUUUUCGAUGGCACAGUUCUUUCACCUAGGUUACGAUUUGGAUCGAACUUUACGCGGAAGAGGAACGUUAUCUUUAUUGCCUUUAUAAAAUCGCCCAGCAAUGUAAUAAAAACCUCCCGCGGGAGGAGGUUAUAGAAUGAAAGUAUUCCGACCGCCACGCGCGAACGAUGGUCACGCGUCGUCCGCAUAACGUCGCACAAUUUGCACGCGAUAUUACCCGUCCAUACAUACGCACCGUACUUCGGCCUCUUGUAUCCGCGACGAUUAUCGGCACACGGACAAAAACAGAUAGCGAUAAUUGAUAUUGCGAGCAUGAAACGGCUGCGCGAAUAGAUGUUCAGUAUCGGGAAAUUAGCGGCCGAGGCGUUUACCGAGGCGUCGACCUGGAAGCCAACUUUUUUAAUUUCGCCUGCACACAGAGCGCAGGCAAUCAAUUGGUUCAUCCGAGAUCUCUCCUGAUUGCCUUCGCUGUGUAUAUAGCUGUGUAUGUGUGUGUAUACGUGUGCGUGGGUGUGUGUACCUUUGCACGGUGUAUCGUAUCUCUAUCUGUGAAAACAUACGGUCGGGGAGUUUCUGAUAAGUCGUACGGCUUUUUGCUCUUACAUCUUCCUCUCGUUCUGCCCCGAACGCGAAAAGCAUGGAAUUCUGCCAAUCUUAACGUUAAGAAAUCCCGUCGUCUCGUUUAACAACUACGUCGAGGAAGUAUUUACGAUAGACUCCCGGAGAACGCCAAGAAUUAUUUACAACGAAAUAAUAAAGUAGAGCACCUUCCAUUCUCCAUCGUACUUUUUUAAAUUAUAAUAAUUAAAGUGUAGAUUUUGUUAAAUCCCUUGUGUAUCUCCUCUCCGCUUGUUUCUUCUUUCAAAAUAAAAUGGUUUAGUAAAAUGAUUUUUCUUUCGGAUAUGCAGACGACGCUCUCUCAUCUCUUGCGUAAUAGACCGUGUAUUUAUCAUCGCAUAUGCGGCAAAAAGUGCGUACAUACAGACUGCCGGAUGUAUACAUAUAGCUGUUGCGUACUCACGUAUUGCAUUAUAUAUCCGGAUUAAAGGACUCAAAUCCGACACAACCCGUUAACCUUUUUCUUCUGUUCGUGACAAUCGCUGGCCGCUCUGCAACGGCAUGUUGAGUUAUUUACGAGAGUGCACUGCGCAAUCUGUAUCGGAAAUACGAUAA